CGUUGAGUUUUGGAGAAUUCCUAAACUCACAGUUGUUGAGAAAUCUACCCAAAGUUGAUUAUUUGACCCCGAGUGUCUCAGCUUUGGACCAGACCAGGAUUGGACUCUGUGGGCUCAACAUGAAGGUGGGUUUGGCUGCAGCUCUGUGUUCUCUGGCCCUGCUGCUCGACCAUCUGUCUUCAGUUUGCUGUCAGCAGCCUGUGAACUGCCGAUGGGGUCCGUAUGGCGAGUGGUCAGAGUGUGACGGCUGCACCAAAACAAAGAUUCGUACUCGACAUGUGGCGGUUUAUGCUCAGUUUGGGGGCGUUCCCUGCUCACAAGGGGCCACAGAGACGCAGUCGUGUGUUCCGCAGAAACGCUGUCCCCUAGAAACAGGCUGCGGUGACAGAUUCCGCUGCAUUUCUGGUCAGUGUAUCAGCCAGUCUCUGGUGUGUAACGGGGAUCAGGACUGUGAGGACGGCCUGGAUGAGAGAAACUGUGAGACCGACACCAGCCAGUAUGCCUGUGACCUUGACAAAACGCCUCCAAACUCUGACAUCACAGGCAGAGGGUACGAUGUGUUAACGGGGAACCUGAGGGCAGGUGUGAUCAACACUGUGAGUUUUGGAGGUCAGUGCAGGAAAGUGUUCAGUGGAGACCAUCAGAACCUUUACAGACUGCCACAGAACAUCCUCAGGUACAACUUUGAGGUAAAAACCGACAAUGAAGAAAGUGAUGAGUCCUACACGAGCUCCUGGUCAUACAUACAGCACAUCCAGGGUAACACCUGGGGGGGGCAUGACCGCCGCACCUUCCACAAAGAGGUCACUGAGAGCAAGGACUACAGACUUAUCAUCCUGAAAAACAAAGUGGAGCUGGCCCAGUUCCAGAACACUGCUCCUCAGUAUCUGACUCUGGCUGAAGGCUUCUGGAAGGCUUUGUCCUCGCUGCCGCUCACCUAUGACUACUCAGCGUACCGCCAGCUGCUGCAGACCUACGGCACGCACUAUCUGUCUGAGGGCUCGCUGGGAGGAGAAUAUCAGGCUCUGCUGCAAAUCGACCAUCAGGCUUUCACAUCAAGCAGCACAACUGACAUCGAUUACCAAAGGUGCUGGAGAAAAGUGAAAAGGUUUCUCUUCUGGAAAAAAGUCAAAACCGUGUGUGAAAAAGUGAUCAAACAUAUUUUCUCCAAGGAAGGACACAAAGUAAACAAUAUAGUCAUGAAGGUCAACCUUUUUGGUGGUGAUCCAGGCUUCAUAAGUGCCCUACAAGUGGUCAAUCUGGAAAACCCAGAGGCUAACGGAGAACUGUACAACAACUGGGCCUCGUCUGUAAAAGACUUCCCGGAUAUCAUUGACCAGAAGCUGCGGCCUCUGUACGAGCUGGUGAAGGAGGUGCAGUGUGCAGGCUUGAAGAAGCUCUAUUUGAAACGUGCCACAGAGGAGUAUCUGGGCGAGGAGCAUCCGUGUCACUGCCGGCCCUGCCAGAACAACGGCCAGCCGCUGCUGACGGGCUCAGAGUGCCGCUGCGCCUGCAAGCCGGGCACCUCGGGGCCGGCCUGUGAGCAAGGCACUCCUGUGAAAGAACAACCAGGGGUGAUCCAUGGCAGCUGGAGCUGCUGGUCCCCCUGGGGUUCCUGUUCUGGAGGUCACAGGUCAAGGACCCGUAGCUGCAAUAACCCCACCCCCACCAGAGGUGGCCACCAUUGCACCGGACCUGCGGUGGAACAGAAGACAUGUGAGGAUGCAGAUAUCCAGUACUUACAGAUGAUGGAGCCUCAGUGUUUCAGUCUUUCUGUGAGUCCGCCAGAAAGAUGUGGACCACCUCCUAACCUUCUGAAUGGAUUUAUUGAGAAUCCCAGAGAUUAUUACCUGGUGGGACACACGGUGCAGUACUCCUGCAUCAGCGGCCACUACCUUAUGGGCGGAGCUAUGGCUGAAUGCAACAAAACUAAGAAGUGGACAACGAGACAGAUGGUUUGUAAAAGCUCCACCUGUGGGAUUCCUCCACUCAGCAGCGAUGUGAUCGGUGCGCCCAUGAAAGCAGUCUAUGAGAUUGGAGACAGAGUGCUGCUGUCAUGUCCGACGGGGUCGGUACUGGAUGGUGAGGUGUCGGAGGUUAUUUGCAGUCCCAGUCUGCAGUGGUCACCGUCUCCUGCAGACACUCUGUGCAGAAAAGAGCCCACACCUAGCCCGACCCCUGCUGGUCUGAAGUGUAAACUGUGGGAGAACGUAGGAACAGCUGAAUGUGUGUGUAAGAAGCCUUUUCAGUGCCUGACGUCUCUAGAGAUGUGUGUCAGACUUGGUUCGGGUCAAACCCGUUUACUCGGUGUUUGUCAACUGGGAGCUUUGAGAUGUUUGGGGCGGAGCUUCACCUUGGUCAAUGACAGCGACUGUGAUUGGCCGGAAGAGACGUCUUGUAAGGACUGCAAACCAGGAACAAUGUGUCAGGAAACAACAGGAAAAUGCAUUUGUCAAAGUCUGUCAGAGUGUCCUGAAGACUCCACCCCCCUGUGUGUCAUCACCGGCAGUGGCAGCGCUGGCGUGACGAUGAGCGAGUGUGAGGUCGGGGCCACAAGGUGCGCCAGGGAACAGGUCAAAGUGAUCAGCAUUGAUGCUUGUUUGGCGUGAACACAAAAGUUAUUUUGUUUUUCUCAGCAUUCAGCUCAGAGUGUAUGAGAAAGAAUUAUCCCAAAGAUAUACGUACGUGAACCUAAUACUGAAAACUAGUAAAUAUGUUCCUCUGAAAUCAGCUGAUGUGUACAAGCCAAAAGAAAUGCUUUUAAAACUUUGCCUUUUUGCAGCACACUUCAUUUUUGUAAUCAACCCAAAAAUAUAUUUUUGUGUUAAAUUUGGGUCAAUAACAGGAAAGUAGCAUGAAGCUAUUACUUCAACAAGAUACGUGACACUUAAGGACUGUUUUGUUCCUAAUUGGAAGGCAGAUAAUCCUUAAGAUCCUGAAAGACAUAUUUUUGGCAAAAGACUUUGUUAUGAGCAAUU